UUGUUUUAAAGACAAGAUCAAAUAUAGAUGAAGAUUUUUAUAUGAAAUAAUCAUAGAUUGAAAUCAAACAGGGUCACAUAAGGUAUGCGUUUAAUAAAAAUUAAUGCACACCCUUAGAGCAUUUUUUCAACCAAUCAUAAUAAAGCAUUCAACAGCUGUGGAAUAAAUACUGUGUUUUUCUAGGAUUACUUUUAAUGAAUAAUUUUAUUUUAAUUUACACUAAAGUCAAGAUCACAUUUUUAUCACAUUGUAGGCUAUUAUGCAAAGGGAAUGCUACUGCUUUAUAUCCGACACACAGUAGUGUUUGUCAGAGGAAGCUGAUAAGAUGGGAAUGUUAGUAGUCGUAUGACAUAAACCAGCAGGUUGCACUCAGCUGUAAAAACAAAUGUUGGCCACAACAGACCACUGACAAAUGGUAGAAGAACCUCAUUUCUGAUGCUCUUAGUCUGUUUGUUGGAAAUGCAUUGGAGGUUUCACCCUAAGCAAACUAAAAUGGAUCUUUAUGGUCUUAUAAAGAUUAUUCAUAAGAUUUAUAACUAUACCAACAAGCUUCUGCACUCGGUUCUGGUGGCGUUUACUGAUCUCACAGCUGGAUUACUUGGUCGUUUGUUUUUCAGGCAGCAUUUUCACCUUCUUCUCUCUGUGAUGGUGAUGUUUGGACCUGUUCUGAGUCUCUGGGUCUCCAAGUACAGCAUAUUUGGCAACAAAAACCAAUACCUGUACAGAGUUUUCCUGCAUUCGUGCUGGGGUUGGACCUUUACAUUAUGUGGCUCAUUUGUAUUUCUUCUCUCGUACUGCAUCAGUAACUCCAUCAUUCAUUCGAUCCAUCAUCUCUCUCGACUCGCUGUGGCUGGCGUGCUGUGGCAGCUCAUCCGCCGUUUGCUGUCUUUCCUAGUGGAUGCCUCUGGAAGCUGCUUUGAGCCACUACGUACCACCACAGUAGCCCAUGGGACACCCAUGGAGAUGGAUGACUCUGACACGUCGUCCAUCCGGGGCCCAUUGUUGCUCCUGAGAAGUGAAAAGGGUAAAGCAGCCUGCCUCAGGGCUGGGCUACAGUGGCAGGGGUGUGAGGUAUCAGAUGAUAUUCUGAUCCUAUCCUUCUGUUGUUUGAUUCUUGCUGAGGAAAUCUGUGUUUUUGGGCCAUGCUUGACCCUGGGGAGACCUCUAGGGUCCCCACUGAGGAUACUUUUCCUGUUGUGCGUGCUGUUGUUGAGUCUUUGGAUCUUUCUGAUUCUCUGCUUGCUGGCACACUUCCCAUUGUUUCAUUCCCAGAUGGUUGGAGGAGCAUUGGGGUAUCUGGGAUGGAAGGGACUUUACAAGGGCUGGCACGUUUUGAAGCCAGGUUGGUGCUGUCUUGGAAGACCAGGAGUUGGAUUUGGACACCACAUGUGAAAGACCAUCAAAUGUGCAUACUGACAUAAAUUUGUAGCCUCUGGUCUUAGCAUACGAAAUAUUAAACACUCAAGUAGUACUUUUAGGUAAAGUGUUUUAAAGAUAUAUAUAUUUAUAUAUAAUAUAUAUAUUAAUUUCAAUAUAUUAUACAAUAUACAAUUUGUUUCUAAAAUGUAGGUAUUUAUUAUUGCAUUAAGCAUUAGUAUUGUGGUAUUAAAAAUAUAUUUUUUGCAGUAUUCAAGAUCUGUAAACUUUUUUUGUUAGUUUGUUUUUGCUUUUUUUUUUAUUAAAUAAUGCAAUAAAACAUUAUGUUAACUAAGAAUGUGGCUGAAAUGUUUUGUGUUUUUUCUGGGUUAAACCAGCCAGUGGGUUAAAUAAACCUAAAACAUGUUUAUAUUUGACCCAACAAUGGGUUAAAACAACCCAGCGUGUCGGGUUCGUCCUUUUUGACCCAAUGCUGGGUUAAAAAAUACCCAGCAAUUUUUUACAUUUUAUUAAUUUUC